AUUUGACAACCGAUCGACCAUGAAGACCAUCCUAGCUAUUGCAGUGUUCGCUGUGCUGCUGUUUGCAGUAAGCGGCCAGGAGCACAUGUGCAUCUGUGGACAAAUCUUUGACCCUGUGUGUGGUAGCGAUGGUGUCUGGUACGACAACAAAUGCCUCAUGGCGUGCAAGUACAUCCACGCCAAUGAGGACCAAGGUGCCUGUGGAGCGAACAGGAUGAGGCGAAGUGAAGGCGAGGAGCACAUGUGCAUCUGUGGACAAAUCUUUGACCCUGUGUGUGGUAGCGAUGGUUUGUGGUACGAUAACAAAUGCCUCAUGGCGUGCAAGUACGUCCACGCAAAUGAGGAUCAAGGUGCAUGUGGAGCGAACAGGAUGAGACGAAGUGAAGGCGAGGAGCACAUGUGCAUCUGUGGACAAAUCUUUGACCCUGUGUGUGGCAGUGAUGGUGUCUGGUACGACAACAAGUGCCUCAUGGCUUGCAAGUACAUCCUCGCCAAUGAGGACCAAGGUGCCUGUGGAGCGAACAGGAUGAGACGAAGUGAAGGCGAGGAGCACAUGUGCAUCUGUGGACAAAUCUUUGACCCUGUGUGUGGUAGCGAUGGUUUGUGGUACGACAACAAAUGCCUCAUGGCGUGCAAGUAUAUCCACGCCAAUGAGGAUCAAGGUGCCUGUGGAGCGAACAGGAUGAGACGAAGUGCAGGCGAGGAGCACAUGUGCAUCUGUGGACAAAUCUUUGACCCUGUGUGUGGUAGUGAUGGUGUUUGGUACGACAACAAGUGCCUCAUGGCUUGCAAGUACAUUCAUGCAAAUGAGGAUCAAGGUGCAUGUGGAGCGAACAGGAUGAGACGAAGUGAAGUAAGCGGCGAGGAACACAUGUGUAUCUGUGGACAAAUCUUUGCCCCUGUGUGUGGUAGCGAUGGUGUCUGGUACGACAACAAGUGCCUCAUGGCGUGCAAGAACAUCCACGCCAAUGAGGAUCAAGGUGCCUGUGGAGAGAGCUCCGUCCUUCGCUCUGGCUGAUUUAACUCCUUCACCACCCCACACCGACAAACAAGCAGCGAACAUUAUGUAACUUAAAAAAAUAAUAGUGUAAUCUAUUGAGGAAUAAAUAAAUUUGGAAGCAU